UGGAACAAGAACCGCGUGGCGAGGCAGCCCGGUACCAGUGGCACCGACGAACUCGGUACCAACGGAAGUCUCUUCAAGACUUGGGAUCUCGCAGCAUCGUCCACGCCGCAAGAUCUUCCGCAAAUACGACAAUCGCGGGAAACGAGAGGAGAACGAAGAAAGAAUUUCUCUUCGAGAAGACCAGACUUGGAACAAAGACUUCCAAACGUUAGACUGCAUAUUGAGACUGAAGGCAAGCUCGAGGAGGCUUUCCGGUCCACGAUUGGAUAGAAUUAAUAAAUCACAAGCUCGUACGCGAUCGGCGAAUGCGCCUGCGGCGGAUCUUGAAGGAUCGGGACUCCUAGAACCUUUAGACGUCUUUCUGUACGUUUUUUCUUGACGAUUUUAAUCGUGAUUCUUUGAGUCGAGGGAAACGUUAAGAUGACAGACGGCGAUCGUGUAACAUGCAAAGCGAGACCGGUGUUUCUAUUCGUGUUGGUUCUCCUGAGCAUUCUGCACAUCGCCGACAGCCAAGUCACCUUGAGAAAAUCGCAUAUCCGGAUGCAGAAACUGUGCUCCAGAAGCCUGAGCGACGCCCUGUACCUCGUGUGUCGGGAACGUGGCUACAACGAGCCGUUUUCGUAUAGCGGCGAAGACGAGCCAAGAGUCGAUCCCGGGCCAGGUCUUGUCGAAGAGUGCUGUUAUCACUCGUGCAGCUACUAUCAACUCGAGCGUUACUGCAAACCUCUGCCCGAAGAGAGACACGACGUUAUAGGAGAGUCAUACAUGGGAAGUGUAGUGAAUCUACCUUUCUCGAUGACAUCGUCGGAGCAGAGAUCGGGGACGGAACACGUCGGUACGAAAAAACGUAAGGUCGAUGAUUUGAAAAGGGAACGGCACAGGGGGAAAGGUGGUCGCAAUAUUGAUGAUGAAUGCAAGGGGAAACCUGAUGUGAAAAAGCGACACCGCAGCAGGCACUGCAGAUGCCGUCGUCGGCGUCUGGAGUGUCGGCGAGCUGGCAAGGUUUCUCGCCGUGAGGCAAAACUUUUAGCUAAUCAAUUUGUGACAUCGUCGCCGACAAACAAGCCUACGUCGUCUCCCACUAUAUCAUAAUGCAACGUUGAGGUACUAAAAACAAUGCAAUCAAUAACCGGUCGUUCACACACGAGGCGUUCCAGGAGAUGCGAUUUCUGUGAGAAGCGGUACUCUUAGAACUCAUUUUUUUCUUCAUGCCAUUCUCCUACCUGUCACUCCAUUCGGCGCAUCGCUAAAACAAUUAUGAAGUUUGCACACGGAUGAUCGCUAGAGAAGAAAACAAACAGAAUUUGGGAUAGAUGUUUUGCGAAGAGGAAAAGGAAAUUGAAAUUCCUAAAAGAAAGGAAAUUUUUUUUUCCUUUCUGAAGGAAGGGAAAUCUGCGUGGAGGAAAAUUAUUCAUAGCAAGUGUAGAAUGUCUCAUCACGCAUUUAGUAGAUCAAAUCAGCGAUGAAACGUGUCAGCGGCGCAAAGAGAGAGUCAUCCGCCAAUCUUGAAUCUCGCAAUUUUGAACACGAAGAAAUUCACGAUGGAGGAAAGCAGCUUGAUAUUGAUGGGAAAGGAUGUGGUUUUUCUGACGUUUUCUUUUAAUAAAACAAUGUCAUUAAAGAAAUAGUGAAAUUUGAUGGCGACUCGAGAUGAACUAUAUCACGGACUAUAUCGAAUAUAAUUGUGAUGAACUUGAGUUGGAAUGCAAUUCAGGACAAUCGGGUCGUAAUCUCGCAGAGAAAAAGAAGACUUUAAAUAAGUGAUUUCAACGUAAGCGUUUUUAGCGCUCGAACAACUUGAAUAAUUCGCCAGUGAUCUUAGUUUUAUUGACGACUGAUGAUCUCAUUAGUAUUAAAAGUUUUGUUGUAGAUUUAAGAUUUAAGUUACAAACUCCAACUUGAAAUACACAUCCCCGAUAAACGUGUACUUUAUUAACGAGUCCACCAGCGAAUGGAUGAGAUUUAAAUGGAAUUGUAGUUUUUAAUAAAGACAUAGAUUCAGAAUUCACA